UACAUAUCUUGAAAAUUGGAAUAUAGUACAUUUUCUCAUUUAAAUUUAAAUUUAUAGUCGGUUAUUGCAACUGGCUCAUAUUUGACCCAAAAUUUAGAGAUCGAAAUUUCAAAUUGUAGGUUUCUCAAAUAUUUUUCAAAUUUUAUAAUUUUCGUUAUAUUCCAUCUCGUUUUAUAUUAUCUUUUAUCAUUAUUUUGAGUUUUAUGUUUUAAAAUAUUUUACUAUUAAUGCCCGCCUCUAAUGAUUCUACCAUUUCAUGCUCAAUUGAGGAGACUAAUGAACUGCGCAAGAAGCUUGGCUUAAAACCAUUAGCAAUUCCAACUUCAGAACCACAAAAUGAAUCGGAAUCUACUUCUCAGGACACUGAGGAGAUUAUUGAACGCCUAAAUAAAUCUAAAAGAAGGAGAGCCAGAGAAGCUCUGAUAAAUGAAGGCAGUAUUGCGGAUUCUAUUAAGAAGGGAGAAUCAAUAAACUCUAAACGUAAUAAAUUGGUGGACGACUCGGAUAAUGUUGACACUCUGGAUCUUUUAUCUUGGUCUAAAAAAAUGGCCAAAGUCACAAAGUCGACAAUAGCACAGGCAGAUCAACACGUAACAUACAGUGACGAUGAAGAUUCGGAUGAACCGACCCAUAACAACCAUGAACCUAAAGAAGAAGUGAAUGGACCAAAUCUGAAGGUAUUACACAAGGUGAACGAGCUAGACUUGAUUAAAGGCGACGGAGUAACCCUUACUUUAAAGGACGUUGGUGUUCUUGAAGCUGAAGCAGCAGGAGUUUCUGACCUAGAUUUUCUGGAAAACGCAGAGUUAGUCGAUAUGAAGAAGGAUAAGAAGAAAAUGGAGCAGAGGAUGAGAAACCAAUACGGAAACUACGUUCCAUAUGAUGAUGAAGACCCACUUAACACCGGUUUCUUAAAACACUACGAUGAUACUAUUAAUGAGACCCAAGGCACAAAACUGAGUUCACUAGCAAACGAAGACGAAGGGUUCUUUGUUAAACCUAACCAGUCUAGAAAGUUCCAAGUCGAUUUCGAUGAAAAUGAGAAUUACGACACUUUCAUCCAAAAGAAUAAACCGAAACUUGCAAAAACCGAGCUUGUUGAUGAAACGGAUGUGUUUUCAACCCUGAGUUCAAGAAAGGAGAAGUUAAAAAAGAAACCAAAACAGAUGAAUUGGGACAAGAUAUUCUCAAAAGACGAAGAUGCAGAUCUUGAUCUCAACAAUCUAGUCCCAACCAAGAUUAAGAAGGAUGUUGCCGUGGUGGACGACGAGGACGAGGAGAUGCUAUAUGUCCAAAUUUCAAAUCAUCGCAAAAGGUUUUCAAGUAAUAACGUUAAGGGUGAGGACUCUAAAGAUAUAAAGCCUCACGUUGACCUUGGAGACUCAACUAAUGACAAAGGCUUUGAAAUUACUACAACAACUGAGUUCUGCAAAGUUGUGAAAACUCCAAUGGAAAAAAUCUCAGAGCAAGAGUCUGACAAGAGGUACAAUGUUAACACCACUACUGACCACUUAGUGGAUGAUGAUCCAAAUACAUUAUCGGAACAGCCUCUAGGUGACGGCAUUGCAGCCGCCCUUUCAUAUAUCAAACAGAGAGGUGACUACAUAGAUGAGAAGGCAGAAACGCGUUCCAAAGAAGUUCAACUAAACUACCUUGAUGAAUACGGAAAUGAAAUGACUCCAAAAGAGGCCUUUAAAAAGAUAUCGUGGAUAUUCCAUGGCAAGCGCCCAAGUAAGAAGAAACAGGAGAAGAUGAGAAGGAAGAUAGAAUUAGAACGUGCUUUGAACUCUAACCCAGUUGGGGGCCUACCAACCAUGAAAGCACUGUAUUCGCAUCAGGAAAAGGAACAAACGCCUUAUAUAACACUCUUUGGGAACAGAAACAAUAACUAAUGUGUUUUCAAAUAAUA